AUAAAACAAUGCAAUUCUGGGUUCAAGACGUUCAACCAAAGUGGUUACCUGAAGGAUUCCAAGUGCCAACCGAAAUGUUAAAUCAGGUUCAACAAUUAUGUAAACAAGCCGAAACAGCUUAUAAUCAAGUCGAUUUGGAACGUAAUGGAUUCUUGAGAAGAAGAGAAUUCAAGAAGGCAAUGAAGAGAUUGGGAAUUAACAAGUUUGAAGCAAGACACAUGUUAAGCUUUGUUGAUAGAGAACGUCUCAAAGUUGUCAGUAUUAAAAACUACGUCAAUGCCUACUUGUUCAUCAAGAGUGGUGGUUUGAAUCACAUCAAUGCUGAUUAUCAAGGUCCACUCACUUCCUCAGUUGACCAAAGAACUCACAUGAACAAUACAGAUCCAGGAGAACCAUUCAAUUUCGCUCAACUAGCCAAAAGACAUUUAUCCAACACCACUCAACCACUCUCAUUCAUUGCUCAAAACAUUUUCCAACCAAUUCCUCGUCCAAAAUACGUCGUCGGUUACACUCAAUCCAUGAAAGCAGCCAAUGGAAUGUAUCUUUGCUCUGAAAAUGGAAGAGUCGUUGCUGAUCGUCCAGUAGUUGGUCCAUGGGAGAAUUUCUACCUAAUGUCAGAUACUGAUUGGACUGAUUGGGUGUCAAUUUGUGCAUUGAGAACUUGGUGGCAUACUUAUUUGUGUUGUGAUAAUGAUAAUUCAAUUGUUGAUAAUAGAAUUGCAAUUGGAGGGUGGGAGAAGUUUACUGUGGAGGUUCAUAGUAGUGGAACAAGUUUCAGGGCAUGGACUGGGGGUUAUUUGACAGCUGAUGCCGCUGGAAAUGUUUCAUUUAACGCAACAAGUAUUGGUCCAAAUGAAAUUUGGACUUGUAAAGUACUUAGUUCUGUAUAUCUUUAAAAUAAAAGUUUAUUUAAUUGA